UAGUCACUUGUGUCAGUCAUGAAAAGAUAUCGACCAAUCAGCGCCUUUGUAAUUUCUACCGAAACUCCUCCUCUCGCAUGUCUGUACUUUGUUGUUCGUCUGCAAAAGAGAAACUAAAAGAUGCCACUACUUCGAAGGCAGCCAUUUCAUCGGGAAAAACCACCACCCGAUCUUCGCCCAGAUGAAGAAGUUUUUUUAUGCAAACUUACUAGAGAAGUUUUCAGAGAUUAUGAAAAAUUCUUUGAGAGGAUUAUAUUGUGCAACAGUCUUGUAUGGUCAUGCUCAAUUACUGGUAGAUCAGGACUGACAUACCAAGAGGCAGAAGAAUCGGAAGAAAAAGCUUUGAAGCAGCUAGCAUCAUUCCCUGCUUACUUACAAAAGCCAAUUUUAUUCCUCGCUACCAAGACACAGAGAAGUCGAUUAGCUGACUUAAAUGAUGAUGUGUUUGUGUUUGCUAAAGACAGGUUCUUCAAAGGAGAGAUGGUUGAUGUUAUUUCUGGACCAUCAAAAAAAGUAUGCAAAGUAAUUGAUGUUAUAGCACCAGGGAGUUCUACACCAAAGUCGCCAGCAGUGAAUGGAGACUCAGGAGAGGCUAUGGAGGUGGAGGAUGAGAAAAAGUCCCCAGAGAAGAAGAAAGGUGUUAUCAAACCAGAGAAUUUCAAGUAUGUUGUUCAAGCAAAUGACAAGGCCGCUUCAAAUACAGUCUCUUUCAAAAUGGUCAGUCGUAAGAAGGGAUUGUUUACAAGAGACAAAUGUAAACUGUUUUUGAAGCAGAGCUGUGAUAAUGAAGAUGGGAUGUGGAAAGUAAAGCAAGCAAAAGUGAAGAAGUUCCAUCUGGAAACUGUGAAGUUUGAAGAUAUAUUCUCUGGACCUGCACCACAGUUUGAAUUCUCUGAGAUCAAAUUGAAGAAAGUAGGACCAAAGAAAGAACCAAAAGAAUCUUCUCCAGCCCUUCCAAAGAAGAGUGUUGAUAAUGGGUCAAAGAAAACAAUCUCACCUCAGUUAACACUGGAGGAACUGAAGGCACUGAAAGAACAAGAUAGACUUCAGAGAGAAAAGGAGAAAGAAGAAAAAUUGGCACAGAAAAUCAAAGAAAGAGAAGAACUUAGGCGAAAGUUUGAAGAGGAGAAGGAAAAACGAAAACAGGAAAAGGCUUUGGAAUUGGAGAAGAAACGUGAGGAGAAGAGAAUACAAGCUGAGUUGUGGAGAGAAUGGAGUCGACAUAGAGAUGAUCUGGAAUGUGAUGAUCUUAAGGUAUUACCUCAGCCGACAGCCUUGCAAUGCCGUUUACCUGUAGAUCAUUUUGGUGAUGCUGUAAUGGUUGUUGAGUUUGUUAACUGCUUCAGCUCCAUAUUUGAUCUCAAAGCCAGCUUUCCCAGGGGAUUCUCACUGAAGACCUUAAAUGAAGCCCUCCUUGAGACAGAUGCAGGUGGAUUAAUGGCGGAUCUGUUGCUGAUGAUGUUGACAGCAAUUUUCAGUCUGCAAGAAGAAGAGGAAGAGGAAGAAGCUGAGCUUACUAAAGAAGGCAAACAACAAGACUUGCCUGAUGAAAAGAUGGCAGCUUCUGACAUGUCGAUGAAUCAAUUGAUCGAUGCAGCUACAGCCAUGUCACAUUUACCUCUACUCAACCAUGGUACUUCACUGAGAAAACUGCCUCUUGACAACUUCACAUUGACUGAGAUAUUGCGUCUACACAUACUUGGUUCUGGUGCUCAAGGCAACAUGGCUAAUGCAAAGUUCAGGUACCAACAGAGGGGUGGUUACAUGCCCAUAGAUGAUGCAGGUUUGGACUUCAAGAAAAGGGAACCAGAAAUUGUCAGCAAAUUAGCUGUAGAAAACAUCUAUGAUCUUCCACCAAAUGAGAAACUGAAAUUGCUGAUUGUGUUGGUUGACCAGUUUCUUACAUAUGCUGCUACACGAGACAUAAUAGAGGAUAACUUUGACAAGCUGAGACAGUUAAAGAAUGAUCUCAAACAGUUACAGUGGGGAGAACAGAAGAGGGAGAGAGAGGAGGCAGCUAACAGGUACAAGGCCAGACUGGAAGAAAGGCAACGUGAACGUGAUCUAAUGGAAAAGAGAAGAAUAGUGAAAUUCAAGAAAAGGGAAGAAAUGGUGAGACGAGAGGAAGCAGUUAAAAGUGGCUCAGAACCAGGACAAGAUGUGAUUGACCUUGCUAAAGACAUUGAGGUAGCAGAACAAGAACUGUCGGAGUUGGAAGCCUUGAUGCCAUCCCAGGAGGAGAGAGAUAAGAUGAGAACAGAGGAAGAUGAUGAAGAGGCAGACAAGAAAGCUGAAUACACAGCAAAGGAAAGAGAUUUUGUUGACAGUAUACUAGAUCUACAACAUGGUAAUGCCAUAUAUCCAAUUGGACGUGAUAGAAUGUACCGGCGGUAUUGGAUGUUCAAAUCUAUACCAGGUAUAUUUAUAGAAGAUGAUGAGCAGCAUGUGUUACCUGAAUUGUUACAUGCAUGUCAACAAAAUCCACUAGGAAGUACUUUUGAUUUGAAUGAUCCUUUCACAGCUCCACCAAAGCUCAACCAGACAAAACCUUCAGAAACUUCUCAACAGCCAGUGGUGGCAGAAUCCUCUGCUCCAGGGUUAAAUCAGGAAAACAAAGAUGGCAGUGAUAAAGAAAAUGACUCAAUGAAUGCAUCUCUAAACAAUAGUGCUCUCACAGAUGGUAAUUCUAGUCUCAGGGUUCAGUCUGCUAACACAAGUCUAGUGAAUACAAAUGCUGUUGGUGAAAACAAAUCUGAAAAUACAGUUUCGAAAGAGAACGGUGGUGCAAUAGUUAUAAGUGAUGAUGAAGACUCAAAACCUCCCAUGUUAGAACUUGAACAAAAAGUAGAACCAACGCCUGUUAUUGAAACCCCAGCAGUGAAACAGAUUAAUGAAAUAGCUAAACAUAAAUGUAAAUGGGCAUUCUACAGAAGCGAGGAAGACCUUGAAGCAUUGAUAGCUUCCCUAAAUGGAAGAGGUUUUCGUGAACGGGCUCUUAAAAAUGCAAUUUUAGAACAUAAAAGUAAAAUCUUGGAUACAAUAACGAAAGUGCCAGCAGAUCUUUUACAUAUACCGGAGGAAGAUGAAAAUGAUUCUGCAGAUGAAAAUGGCAGUUCUAAGCUGAUGACAAAGGAGUGGAAGAGAGGUCGCAGAAAUGUGACGGGAAUGAUGCAUAAUGAUUCUGCACACGAGGGUCUUGAACUCAACUUGCGGGAGAUGAUUCUUGACCUAGAGGAGAGAAUACAUGUUGGAUCUCUAGGUCACCUCAGGGUAUCCGACAGGGUUAGCUGGAGAGAUGCGAUAGAGAACGGAGGCUAUGAACCAUGCACAGAUGAUAUCCUGUUUAAGAAGGAAGUAAAGGAUAGCAAAGAAGAGAAUUCCAAUAUCGAUGGAGAAGAAAUGGAUGUGUCCACAGAGGAGGAAAAUUUUACCAUGGCCGUAGCCAAAGAUAUGGCAAAGUCUCUAGUACAGAUUGCAAGAGGAAUUGAACCUAAAUAUAUGCAGCCACCACUGGGUGAUGAUGAGAAGACCAAACUGGCCAAACAGAAGGCUGAGAAGAAAGAUGAACAGAGGAAAAAGAAAAGAGAGGAGGAUGACAGUGAUGAAGAUGAUGACGAUGUUGUGGUAAUUCAUAAAACACCGAAGAAAUCCCUGAUGGAACGUUGGGAAGAUUCCUGCCUACUCAGUACAAGUCUAGCCCAGGUGUUCUUGCACCUGUCCACCUUGGAGAAGUCAGUGACCUGGUCAAAGUCAAUCCUUCAUACUCGCUGCAGGAUCUGCCGUAGGAAAUGUGACCCAGAGAAGAUUCUCCUGUGUGACCAGUGUGACAGAGGACAUCACAUGUACUGUCUGAAACCACCACUCAAGCAUGUACCUCAAGGAGAGUGGUUCUGUCCAGAUUGUCGCCCGAAGGAUGUAAAACGAAGUCCAAGGAAGGGAAGGCGGCGAACAUUCAGUGAGAGGGAGGAAGUAUCAAGUGGUGAAGAGGAGGAGGAGGAGUCUGAGGAUGAAGAAAGUGAUGAUGAGGAGGCAGAAGAUGAAGCGAGUUCUGACGAGGAGAAUGACACUAUGUGUGCUGUGUGUAGUAAAUCUGGCAAGCUUAUCUGCUGUGACAACUGCCCUCUCUCAUACCAUCUCAACUGUGCUAAACCUCAACUCAAGAAAAUUCCCAAGGGUAAAUGGUUGUGCCAGAUCUGUGCUGGUACAGACACCAAGGCUGGAAAAAUCAAGAUGAACCUUGGGAAAGGUAAAAAGAAAAAGAACAGUCCGAAAAUUACACCAAACUCGAGUAGACAAUCUUCUAGAAGAGGUAGCCCACGUGAUAGUCCUGUCACAGUGAAUUCAGGGAAGAAACGUAAACGUGAGGACUCCCCGAUUGUGGAAGAAAAACAAAAAAUGCGAAAAAAUGCAAAAUCUACUUCAAAACUUGUUCAGGAAUUCAAAAUUGAUGAGCCGAAGCACUAUGUGAGCAGUUCCCGUGGUAACACGAAGGUGCAGCAGCUCAAGAUGUUGGAGGAUAUUGUGCUUGGACUGAUGGAGGAAGACGAAGCCUGGCCUUUCCUCAGACCUGUCAACAAGAAAGAUGCACCAGACUACUAUGAAAUUAUUAAGAAGCCCAUGGAUUUCCAGACAAUUAAGAACAAAAUCAAUAAGUUUCUGUACACAGAUCCAGCCGAGAUUGUGCAGGACACCCGCCAGAUCUUUACAAAUUGUAUAGAAUACAAUAAACGUACUACCCAGGAAUUUAAGGCCGGAGCAAACAUGUCUAAACUAUUUGAGAAGAGGAUGAAGAAUCUGGAGGAGUCAGCUGCUACAAAUGGACCAACAGGGAAACGUGCUAGAACAAAAUAAAAAAAAUAUGCAAACUUACUGAUUUCUCACAGUGAAGUACAAGUUCACAAUGUAUGCAUUAAAAUUAAUUGUUUUAUAACAAAGAUGUUGGUGCACAUACACAAAUGCAUAAUUGAAAAGCUGGUAUUUUAUAUCUUUAUGAUGAAAUAGAUGUUAAAAUUACCCUGUACCUUACAUGCAUUUACUGGUUGAAAAAGCUUUAUUUGGAUCAUUGCUUUAUGCUGUUGUCCAUAAUGGGAAAAAAACUCUUUUUAAAGGCCUUUUUUUGGGUGGAGGGACGAGGAUUAUGUAGGAUAUAAAAAGGCAAACUGUUUUGAAUCUACAAAUUAGUCCAUUUAUAGAUUGAAGUGCAUUUGUAUUAAAUAUCAGUUUAGUAACCUUGCUGUAGAAACUGUGGCCUGCAGAUAACCUGCCUUCCUUGAGCUAGCUUAAAGUGGAACUGUUUGGUUAUUUGACAGGGGCCUCAGGAAAAUUUAAAUAUUGAAGAAAAAAGUCUGAUCGCUCGGUGUCUGUCGUCCGUCAACAUUUAGCUUGUGUAUGCAGUAGAGGCUGUAUUUUUCAACUGAUCUUCAUGGAAUUUGAUCAGAAUGAUUACCUUGAUGAAAUCUAGGCAGAGUUCGAAAAUGGGUCAUCUGGGGUCAAAAACUAGGUCACUAGGUUAAAUCAAGGAAAAACCUUGUGUAUGCUAUAGAGGCUGUAUUUUUCAAUUGAUCUUCAUGAAUUUUUGUCAGAAUGAUUACCUUGAUGAAAUCUAGGCCAAAUUCGAAAAUGGGUCAUCUGGGUUCAAAAACUAUGUCACUAGGUCAAAUCAAGGAAAAACCUUGUGUAUGCGAUAGAGGCCAUAUUUUUCAUUGAUCUUCAUGAAUUUUGGUCAGAAUGAUUACCUUGAUGAAAUCUAGGCCGAUUUGAAAAUGGGUCAUCUGGGGUCAAAAACUAUGUCACUAGUUCAAAUCAAGGAAAAACCUUGUGUGUCUGAUAGAGGCUGUAUUUUUCAACUGAUCUUCAAGAAAUUGGUCAGAAUGAUAACCUUGAUAAAAUCUAGGCCAAUUUUGAAAAUGGGUGAUCUGGGGUCAAAAACUAGGUCACUAGUUCAAAUCAAGGAAAAACCUUGUGUAUUUGACAGAGGCAGUAUUUUUCAACUGAUCUUCAAGAAAUUUGGUCAGAAUGAUAAUCUUGAUAAAAUCUAGACCAAUUUUGAAAAUGGGUGAUCUGGGGUCAAAAACUAGGUCACUAGUUCAAAUCAAGGAAAAGCCUUGUGUAUUUGACAGAGGCAGUAUUUUUCAACUGAUCUUCAAGAAAUUUGGUCAGAAUGAUAAUCUUGAUAAAAUCUAGGCCAAUUUCGAAAAUGGGUCAUCUGGGGUCAAAAACUAGGUCACUAGGUCAAAUCAAAGAAAAACAUUGUGUAUGGAUAGAGGCUGUAUUUUUCAACUGAUCUUCAUGAAUUUUGGUCAGAAUGAUUGCCUUGAUAAAAUCUAGGGCAGAUUGGAAUAUGGGUCAUCUGGGGUCAAAAACUAGGUCACUAGGUCAAAUCAAAGAAAAACCUUGUGUAUGUGAUAGAGGCUGUAUUUUUCAAUUGAUCGUCAUGGAAUUUGGUCAGAAUAAUUGCAUUGAUGAAAUCUAGGUCAACUUAGAUGAUGGGUCAUCUGGGGUUAAAAACUAGGUCACUAAGUCAAAUCAAAGGAAAACCUUGUGUAUGCGAUAGAGGCUGUAUUUUUCAAUUGAUCUUCAUGAAAUAUGGUCAGUAUGAUUGCCUUGAUGAAAUCUAGGUCAAGUUUGAAUAUGGGUCAUCUGUGGUCAACAAGUAGGUCACUGGGUUAACUCAAAGAAAAACCCUGUGUAUGCGAUAGAAGCUGCAUUUUUCAAUUGAUCUUCAUAAAAUUUGGUCAGAAUGAUUGCCUUGAUCUAAGUCAGAUUUGAAUAUGGGUCAACUGGCAUCAAAAACUAGGUCACUAGGUCAUAUCAAAUAAAAUACUUGUUUAAACUCAAGAGACCACAUUUUUGGUCCAAUUCUAAUGAAAAUUGGCCAGAAUAUUUGUUUCCAUAAAAUCCCUAGGUCAAACAUGUUCACACUGUUAUAGUGUGUUUUCAGGUGAGCGACUUAAGGGCCAUCCUGGCCCUCUUGUUGAAAUUAGUUUCAGGGUUUUCCUUGUAAUUUGAGUAAGAAACUGUGAAGAAGUUGGUGAUUUGCAGGAAGUUUUCUGUAGUGAUUACAAAAUUGGGAAACUGAGCUUUAUUGGUGUUCAAGAUAUUGUGACUAGGAGAACAUUAAAUAUUGGGGCUUGAAAAUUAAGAAAUGUAUUGCUGAUGGUUGGAAGUAUUGUGUUUAUAGUCCAUGUUAGUAUUGCCAUAUUUUUACUUCAUUUGUUUGGUUACAGACUUCUUUGUGAGGUUUUGAAAGUCACAUAGGUGACUGUCAUUGGAGAAACUUUGAAAAACUGUUUAAUGCUUCCUAAUUUAGUAUGGAAAAGAUCCUUUUCUUUACUGGGUCAGAUUUGUGCUCUUAUUCAACAUUCCAUAAUUUGUAUCUUAGUUGAAGACAUUAAGUUAAAAAAAAAAAGCAUUAUGCAGUAGACCAGUUCAGUCUGUUAAAGUGUUCUGUUGAAAAGAUGCAUCUGAAGUUCAAAUAGAAAUACUAAGAAAAAUGGAAAGAAUGGUUUUGUAUAACAUUUAUGGCAUGUUUAUUGUAAAUACAUGUAUUUAUAAUUUACAAAUAUUUAUAUAUAUUGUUUGUGUAGUAUAUAGAACUAGGUUAUGUGUAGAUGUGAUAGUGUUAUUUUCCUUUCUCAGAUACCUCAGUUUUGUUCCUCAGUUCAUAAAGUUUACUUCAGAAAGCCUUUCAUAGAUUUACAUCUGUUAAAACUUCUUUUCUUUUUUUUGUUCAAAACUUAGAUAUUUUAGUAUUAUAUGUUAUGGGUUUAGAAGCAGUUGUGAGCAUUUAUCACAAAGUAUGAAUCGUUCAACACUAGAGUGUAUUAUUUUAUAUUUAAAUGCAAGCAAGGCGUUUGAAAGACAAAAAUCUCCCAUAAAUUCAAUGAAGCUGUGUGCUUACCUAUGAACUGGCGUGGCAGAAGGGCAAACCUACAUUUAGACCCCAAAAUAUUAAGUAGCUCCUGCCUUGUUUAUAUUGAACAAAGUCUUAUAAAAUUUUCCACAAUUUUGUUAAGUCUUGACAAAGCAAAUAGAACAUUUAAAUAUUGGACAACAUUGUGUAAAAGAUACAGGGUUACACAAAAACUGGUAAAGUUCGAAAGUUCUGUGAAAGGGAAAAAUGGGAGAAUUUAGAAGUGUUUGAUGAAAUAUUUUUUCAAUAUUAAGAAAAUUGGGGGGAAAUAUUCUUUUGUAGUGUAGAAACAUUGAUGAAGGUAUGAUUAUCUUUUUUAUGUUCAUCAAAAACACAAAGUGUUUAUCAUUUAAUCAUUUCAGUUCCAUGUCAUAAAAACAUGUACAAUUCCAUUUAAAGUCUUUUAGUUUGCUAAACUUAAAAAGAUGGGUACUAAAAAAUCUUUUGUUCACCGUAUGUUAGGCGAGCAAAGUGUAGAAGUAGUACUUUUUGUAUAUGUGUAAUUUGGAUGUAUUUAUUUUUGAAGCAGUGUGGAUAUGGACUUGACAGAAUAAAUGUCUUUAAAAGUC